AUGGGUAAAAGAUCUAAGUCAGAAAAUAAAGAAGAAAGUGGUAGUGAAAUAAAAAAACCAAAUUUAGAUGGGCCGGUUUUAGACAAUAAACAUGAUUCAUCUGAAAACGGCGAAGACUCAGUACAACAAAGAAUUUCAGGUAAUAAAGAAAUUACAUCGAAUACAGAAGAUAAAACUUUGAAGAAAAAGAAGGGUCGCAAAAAACCAAAUAAACCUUUAGCGGAUAAUGUAACACAAAAUAAAAAGAUUAUAUUUAAUGACGACAAUGAAGCUCAGGAAGUGCCUUUAAAUGUUCCAAAGAAAAAAAAUAAAAAAGUAACAGAACCUCAAGAAGAAGAACCCACAGAGGAAGAUAUAGAUCAGUUUUGUUCCGAAAUUAAAGAGGAAGACAAUGUUGAAUAUGAAAAUUGGGUUAAAUUAAUAGAAGCUAAAUUAUCAUCGAAUAAAAAGAAAACUUAA